AUGUAUAAUAAGGGUAGGUGCGAGAAUAUAUUUGGCGGCAAAUGGAAGACCAGUUUGACGACGUGUCCUAUCGCCACCAUCCGUACUCUCGCGGCGGAUGUCGUUGGCAAGGCCAACUCUGGACAUCCGGGUGCUCCUAUGGGCAUGGCUCCCGUAGCCCAUGUCUUGUUCUCUCGUUUCUUCAAUGCGAACCCAAAGGACUCCAAAUGGUUCAAUCGCGAUCGAUUCGUGUUGUCAAAUGGUUGUGCUCUCCAAUACAUCCUUUUACACUUGAUGGGAUACAAGCUGUCGAUGGACGAUCUUAAAGCGUUCCGGCAGCUUGAUUCGCUGACGCCUGGUCAUCCAGAGGCUGGUCACACCGACGGCAUUGAAGUGACCACCGGACCUCUUGGUCAGGGAUUCGGAAACGGUGUGGGUCUAGCGAUUGCUCAGGCGCAUCUUGCUGCCACGUAUAAUAAGGAUGGGUUUGACUUGAUCAACAACUACACCUAUGUAUUCUGUGGUGACGGUUGUUUGAUGGAAGGUGUUGCUAGCGAAGCCGCUAGUCUUGCUGGUCAUCUCCAACUCGGAAAUCUGAUUGUUGUAAGUGAUAUCUCCAUUGACGGUGACACCGCGGUCGCCUUCACUGAAAAUGUGGAACAACGAUUCCUUUCUUACGGAUGGCAAGUUCUAAACGUCGACAACGGUGACAGCGACUUAGCUGGAAUCUACAACUCAAUUGCAGAAGCGCGCCAAGAAAAGAACAAGCCUACGAUCAUCAAAUUGAAGACGACCAUCGGUUUCGGCUCCAAGGUUCAGGGCACACACGGCGUUCAUGGAUCUCCCCUGAAGGCUGAUGAUAUUGUCUCUUUGAAGACAAAGUUCGGCUUCCCUGCCGACCAAACCUUCCAUGUCCCUCAGGAGACAUACUUUGCCUACGAAGAAAUCGCGAAGCGGGGCGCGGCUCUGCAACAAAAGUGGAAUUCUGCCCUUGCCAGCUACAGGCCAGCAAUAUCCCAAAGAGGCAAGCUCCCCGAAGGCUGGGAGAAGAACCUGCCUGUGUACAAACCCACUGACGCUGCACAAGCCUCUCGUAAACUCUCUGAAAUUGUACUUACCGCCAUUACGCCCUCUUUCCCUGACCUCCUAGGCGGAUCUGCAGAUCUUACGGGGAGCAACUUGACCAAAGUUAAGGGUACUGUUGAUUUCCAACCACCCAGCACUGGACUGGGUUCUUAUGCUGGUACAUAUAUUCGUUACGGCGUUCGGGAGCAUGGCAUGGGCGCCAUUGCUAACGGACUGGCGGCAUAUGGCGGCAUUGUUCCUUUCGUUGCGACAUUCUUGAACUUUGUUUCUUACGCUGCCGGCGCUGUUAGGUUGUCUGCGUUGAGUGGACACCAGGUUAUUUGGGUCGCUACCCACGAUUCCAUUGGUCUCGGUGAAGAUGGGCCCACCCAUCAGCCUAUUGAGACUGCCAUUCACUUUAGAGCGACCCCCAACUUGGCAUUCUGGAGACCUGCAGAUGGAAACGAGACUUCGGCAGCAUACUAUGUUGCUAUCACAUCCAGGUCAACACCUUCUAUCUUGUCUCUGUCUCGUCAGAACCUUCCUAACCUUGCCGGUUCGACCAUUGAGAAGGCCGUGCGUGGAGGUUACGUCGUUCAGGAGGAGAGCAACGAGGCUCUCACCAUUGUCAGCUCUGGUAGCGAAGUGACCAUCGCGUUGGAUGCUGCCGCGAAGCUUGGUGCUGAGGGCAUCAAGACACGAGUUGUCAGCUUGCCAUGCUGGCUUGUAUUUGACCAGCAGCCUGAGGAAUACAGACUGAGUGUCUUGAGGAGCGGAGCUCCCAUCCUCUCUCUAGAAGCGCUUUCGACCGCCGGAUGGCAGAAGUACAGCCAUGAGCAAUAUGGCUUGCCGGGUUGGGGUGCGUCAGGUCCUUACCAGAAGGUGUAUGAGAAGUUUGGUAUCACUGGAUCCAAUAUCGCUGCUGUUGGUAAGAAAGUAGUCGAGUUCUACAAACAGAAAGGCGGUCAAGUCGUUUCGCCCCUCGUUAAAGCUGUCACAUUGUAA